GGGAGGCGGGACUCGAACUGUUGUAGGGGUUGCGCCUCUUCUAUUCACAAGCGUUUUCACCAGGCUUGUGCAAGCGGGGGGGGCGGUCUCCGGGGCAACCCUGGGGCUGUUUCUUUGCGAGCGCCCGUCUCCUAGCAACCCCCCGGGGAACUCCCCGCCACCCCGUCCAUCCAUCCAUCCAUCCUCCAGCCGGCCCUCGGAGGUGCCCUGACUGCUGGGUCCUGUCCGCCUCCCCCCCCCAUCAUGUCCCAGGGAGAAGCGCCUGGCCCAGAAGGCCCCCUAGCCCCCCAGCAGCAGCAGAAGAAGGAGGAGGAUGAUGACAGAGGGGAGGAGGAGAAGACCGGGCAGAUGAGGACCAGCGACUUCUACCGCGUUGACCCCAACCUGCCCUCCCGCUUCAACCACCCAGGGAUGUUUCGGGGCUACAGAGUGAAAGAGCGCAACCCGUUGUUCUGGACCACCAACAUGGACUACGGCAGGAAACCGCCCACCGUUCACGAGAUGCCGACCUGUUUCCACACCAGUCCGCACGCCUUCUCGGACACGCUGAUCAAGUUCGGCAUGUACCGGAACAACGGGAUCAACACCUUCGUGGAGAAAAGCGACGUGACCGGUCCCGACAACCUCAUCACCGCCUUCGACACGUACAACUUCCACCCCAGCUACCGAACGGGUGGCCCGUCCUUCUGUGAGUAGGAGACGCCGGGGGUGUGUGUGUUUGUGUGCCCCCCCGCUUCUCCUUCCUUCCCGCGGCUUCCUCCUGGUUUUCUUCCUCUGAGAGGAGCUUGGAACGCAUCGUUUUCCACGGUCUUUCGGUUGCAAUCUUUCUCUCCCAUGGCUUGUCGGGGAAAUCCUCCCGGAAUGUGCUCCCAGACUCCCGCAAGGAUGCUUGUAACAUGUUGCCCCCCCUCCCCGGGGGGGGGGGACGACACACAGCUAUCUCUGCUAAUAAAACCUGCCUUUAUGUUGAGCAGAAGCCUCACCU